UCUGUCUGCCUGUUUGUCACUGUGAAUUGUGUGUCCUUGCUCUGUGUUGUUGCUGCUGCUGCUUGCAUUUGCAUUUUGUAUUUGCCUUCACAGGAAUGGGACAAUCUGUGACCACCCCGCUGUCUCUUACACUAGAUCAUUGGCCCGAGGUGCGAACCCGAGCCAGUAACUUGUCUCUCCCUGUGAAGAAAUCCCAGUGGCAGACUUUUUGCUCUGCUGAGUGGCCGACCUUUGGAGUUGGCUGGCCGCCCGCUGGAACAUUUUGCCUUGAUAUUAUUAAAAGAGUUAAAAGUUUUGUCUUUCAGCCGGGAGAGCAUGGGCACCCAGAUCAAGAAGCCUACAUCAUAGUCUGGCAGGACUUAAGUGAAAAUCCACCGUCAUGGGUCCAGCCUUUCCUGCCCCCCCGACCUUUAGAGCCGGGCCCGAACUCUCUCUCUCCUCUUUCUGUUCUUCCUGCAAAACUUGGAGGGGAAAAGAAGGAGAAGAAUCCCAGUCAGCCAAGUGCCCCAGUGCUAGAUCAGCUUGACCCACUGACCCCCAAACCGGUACUCUCUGAUACACAGGAUCUGUUACUUUUUGACGCUCCUCCACCUCCUUACCCCCCGCCUCCACAGCAGUUGCAAAGACAGGCAGCACCCGUGCCUGAGGCUGCCCAGGCUGCCCCACUUUCUCCCCCACAGGAGCCAGAUUCCUCCACAGGUCAAAGUGGAGCAGCAGAGAUCACGGAAAGCCCGGGGCCAGCAGGAAGAACCCGCAGCCGAAGACCCCCAAACGUGGAGGAGGAAGCCCCAGUUCCUGAAGUGGCAGUGACCCUGCCCCUCCGCCCAUUUGGCCCGAUGAUAGAUAAUGGAGAAGGGGGGGAAAUGCAAACCUUACAAUACUGGCCUUUUUCUACUGCUGACCUCUAUAACUGGAAAAAUAACAAUCCUUCCUUUUCAGAAAACCCUACCAAGCUUACUAACCUUGUUGAUCCUGUUAUGUUUUCACAUCAGCCCACUUGGGAUGAUUGCCACCAGUUGUUGGGCGCCCUGUUCACCACUGAGGAACGGGAUCGAAUUCUGCUCGAGGCCCGAAAGCAUGUUCCGGGACUGGAUGGUCGGCCCACUCAGUUACCCCACCUCAUCGAUGACCGAUUCCCUUUGCGCCGCCCUAAUUGGGAUCCGAACACUCCUGCAGGUAGGGAGCAUUUGUCCAUCUACCGCCAGACACUAGUGGCAGGUCUCCGGGCAGCCUCAAGAAGGCCCACCAAUUUGGCCAAGGUAAGGGAAGUAGUACAGGGCCCUACUGAAUCUCCCUCUGUGUUUUUAGAGAGGUUGAUGGAGGCUUAUAGGAGAUUCACUCCAUUUGACCCGCAAGCAGAGGAUCAGAAGGCUUCAGUAGCCAUGGCUUUCAUUGGACAGUCAGCCUUGGACAUCCGGCAUAAGCUACAGCGCUUGGAUGGUAUCCAGGACCUGACUUUGCGGGAUUUAGUGAAAGAAGCAGACAAAGUUUUUCAUAAGAGAGAAACAGAGGAGGAAAGAGAACAAAGAAAGGAGGCAGAAAGAGAAAGAAGGGAAGACAAAAGGGACCAGAAAAGAGAUAGGGCACUUACUAAAAUCCUGGCCGCAGUUGUGGACAGAAGGGAAGGCAGAGUAGGAAGAGGCAGGCAGAGAGAGAGUAGGGACCUGGGCCCCUGCUCACGGCCACGGCUCGACCACAACCAAUGCGCAUUCUGCAAGGAAAAAGGACAUUGGGCACGAGAAUGCCCCAAGAAGCCCAAAAGAAAAGAAACCCAGGUCCGUGCCCAUCCGGCUAUAUUAGCACUGGAAGAGGAAGACUAGGGGCGUCGGAGCUCAGACCCCCUCCGUGAGCUCAGGGCAAAGUUCCAAGUGGAGGGGACUAGCAUAGACUUUGAGGUAGACACUGGAGCUGUACACUCUGUACUGCGACGACCCCUCGGAUCCCUAUCUAACAAGCGUUCCUUGGUAAUGGGAGCAAAUGGAAGUCAGUUCCACCCAUGGACAACCAAGCGAACUAUGAACUUGGGCAAAGGGGAAAUACGUCACUCUUUCUUGGUUAUUCCCAAUUGUCCUUCCCCCAUUCUGGGACGGGAUUUGCUCACCAAGUUACGAGCUCAAAUUAGUUUUGAACCCACAGGGCCUGAAGUAGUCUUUCGCAAUCCGGCUGUUGAACCUUACAGUGAAACAGAAGUAGUUACUACUUUAAAAAUUGCCACAGAUGAGGAAUGGAGACAAAUGUAUAACUUAGAACCAGAGCAGCCAGAAACCCCAGUAGAAAAAUGGCUAGAGCGCUAUCCUAAGUCAUGGGCUGAAACAGCAGGCAUUGGACUGGCAAAAUUCCAGCCCCCCGUAGUCAUCACCCUAAAGACCACGGCUACCCCUGUACAAAUCAGGCAGUACCCAAUGAGCAAGGAAGCUAGGGAAGGAGUACGGCCACACAUCAAAAGACUGUUACAGCUGGGGGUUCUGGUUGUCUGCCAGUCACCCUGGAAUACUCCACUACUCCCAGUUAAGAAGCCAGGUACAGGAGACUAUCGCCCUGUGCAGGAUCUUAGGGCUAUAAACAGUCAAGUACAGAAUAUCCACCCUACGGUCCCAAACCCUUAUAACUUGCUCAGCUCCCUGGGCCCUGACAAAACUUGGUAUACUGUCCUAGAUUUAAAGGAUGCUUUCUUCUGCCUUACUUUGCACCCGGAUAGCCAGCCCCUGUUUGCCUUCGAGUGGAAUGAUCCAGAUGCUGGGAUAUCGGGACAGCUUACCUGGACCAGGUUGCCACAAGGAUUUAAAAAUUCUCCUACCAUCUUCGAUGAGGCUUUACAUCAAGACCUAAGCCUGUUCAGGCAGCUGCACCCGCAGGUAACCCUGUUACAAUAUGUCGAUGACCUCCUCCUCGCAGCAACAACAGAGGAGGAGUGUAAAAGGGGAACAGAGGACUUAGUGGCUGAAUUAGGUAGACUGGGAUAUACAGCCUCAGCUAAAAAGGCACAAUUGUGUAAACAAAAAGUGACUUUCUUGGGCUAUACUAUAAAAGAUGAACGCUGGUUAACUGAGGCUAGAAAAAGGACAGUAACUCAGAUACCAGCCCCUGAGACUCGUAAACAACUCAGGGAAUUCUUGGGUACAGCAGGAUUCUGUAGACUGUGGAUCCCAGGAUUUGUCUCCCUGGCAGCACCACUAUAUUCUUUAACAAAAGGAGAUGCUGAAUUUACCUGGACUGAGAUCCAUCAGCAGGCUUUUGAUAACAUAAAGAAGGCCCUUCUGUCAGCCCCAGCAUUGGCCCUACCAAAUAUAGAGAAGCCAUUUACCCUGUAUAUAGAAGAAAAGGGAGGGGUGGCACGAGGAGUGCUAACCCAAGAGUUGGGCCCCUGGAAACGGCCGGUUGCUUACCUAUCGAAGAAAUUGGACUCAGUAGCAAGUGGAUGGCCUAGAUGCCUAAAAGCCAUAGCAGCGGCCGCCAUCCUGGUAAAAGACGCAGAUAAGAUUACCUUGGGGCAGAAAUUAACUGUAAUUUCCCCACAUACCUUGGAAAACAUCAGGAAACCGCCUGAUCGUUGGCUCACCAACGCCCGCAUCACCCACUACCAAAGCAUCCUGCUUGACAAAGACAGAGUGACUUUUGGGCUACCCCAUAGCCUAAACCCUGCUACACUCCUUCUGGAUACCACUGAGGAUGCAGUACUGCACACUUGCCAGGACAUCCUGGCUGAAGAAGCCGGGAUCCGUCGAGACCUUCAAGAUCAGCCUUUACUGCAUUCAGAGGUAACCUGGUUUACAGAUGGGAGCAGCUUCCUCCAGGAAGGUAAGAGGCAAGCGGGUGCAGCAGUAGUAAGUCUCUCUGAAGUAAUCUGGUCCCAGAGUCUCCCAGAGGGAACCUCGGCCCAAAAAGCUGAGCUAAUUGCCCUAACUAUGGCACUUCGCCUAGCAGAAGGAAAAAGGGCAACCAUAUACACUGACAGUCAUUAUGCUUUUGCCACGGCCCAUGUGCAUGGGGCCAUAUACCAACAGAGGGGGCUGCUAACUUCAGCUGGAAAGGAAAUUAAGUACAAAGAGCAAAUAUUAGAUUUACUAACAGCUGUCCAGUUACCUAAGGAAUUAGCCAUAGUCCAUUGCCCAGGACACCAGAAAGGAGAAGAUUCAGUGGCAAAAGGAAACCGAAAGGCAGAUGAGGAAGCACGAUCCGCUGCUCUGCGUGGAUUAAAAGCCCUAACAGUCUCAGAAAAGGUUGGACUAAAAACCCAGGGGGAGAAAGACUCUAUGGACCUUCAGGGAAUGGAGCUGGCAGCCCUGUCCUAUGUACAACACCUCCAUCGGUUAACUCACUUAGGGCCAAAGAAGAUGCAGGAGCUACUGGACUCUCAAAAUUUCUCUUUAGCUCCUGGGAGGGCUCGGGAACUCACUGAACAAGUAGCAAAAGCCUGUCAGCCUUGCCAGCUAGUAAAUGCUUACCCUACCAAAGGCAUAGAAGGAAAAAGACUUCGGGGAAACAGGCCAGGGCAGUCCUGGGAGGUUGAUUUCACUGAAGUGCAACCUGCAAAGUAUGGACUAAAGUAUCUCUUAGUGUUUGUAGAUACCUUUUCAGGAUGGGUGGAAGCAUUCCCCACUAAGCAUGAAACUGCCCUAGUGGUGGCGAAGAAAAUAUUGGAAGAGAUUCUGCCCCGUUUUGGGCUCUCACAGGUAAUCGGAUCUGACAACGGACCAGCAUUUGUGGCCCAGGAUCAGGGCUUGGCCAGGAUUUUGGGGAUCAAUUGGAAAUUACAUUGUGCAUAUCGUCCCCAAAGCUCAGGGCAGGUAGAGAAAAUGAAUAGAACUAUAAAAGAGACCUUAACUAAAUUGGCCUUAGAGACUGGCGUAAAAGAUUGGACCAUGCUCCUACCAUAUGCCCUUUACCGGGCCAGAAAUACCCCCACUCCUUCUCUUUGUAACCUCACCCCCUUUGAAAUCCUGUUUGGAACAUCUCCACCUGUAAAACAUCUAAACCCCCUUGAUCUAGACUCAUGUUCCUCUACUCCUUUGCUUAUCAGGCUAAAGGCUCUUGAAGGGGUCCAACAGUCUGUUUGGAAGCAGCUUGCAUCCGCCUACCAGCCCGGGGACAUCAAAGUGCCACAUUCCUAUAAGGUUGGGGACGCCGUGUACGUCCGGAGACAUCAGACUUGAAACCUUGAACCUCGGUGGAAGGGACCUUUCAUUGUUCUGCUGACUACCCCCACGGCAGUCAAAGUAGAUGGCAUCUCUGCUUGGGUCCAUGCUUCACAUCUCAAGCCGGCCCCCGCGCCAGGACCUGAAUGGACUUUGGAGAAAACUGAUAACCCUCUUAAGCUUCGCUUGCGCCGUCGAGAUAAGUAACUGUAAAAAUCU